AUGACGGCCAUCUUCGGGCAGGAGCUGAGCCCUGGUAUGGCGGUGCUGGUGUAUGUGUUCCUGGUCUUGGCGUUGCUGGUACUCUUCGGCUCCAUCUAUUACUACUGGAGCUACGCACGCAAGAUCGAGCGGUUCCUAGCAAGAGAUAACCAGAACAACAACAUGAUGCGGCAUCACCUCGUGGACAGUUUCCUACAGCGCGGAGAAGAGGAGUGGCCCUGCUCUAUCUGUUUCCACGACAACCACCCGGACAAGACGAGCUGUGUCAUGUGCGGCACGCCACGCAUCGUCACAGCCACGACACCGUCGAAUCUUGCUCGAGCGUCGGGUCUACACAAGCAGGACUUUAGCCAAAGUAUGCUCAAUCAACAGUCACGUGUACGCAGCUUCCACGUGCGAAGACUCAAGCAAAUGGACCUCACAUCCAGACAGAAAGCGGCCGUGCGUCGGCAUCUCUGGAAGAGGAAGCGAGGCAAAGAUGGCGUCAUGCGGUGGGUACGUAUCGACGCAAAGCAGGAAGAACACGAGGCCCUGAAUAAGGAAACCAGGAGCGAAACAAUGUAUAGUGGACUCAGUACGCCUCCCAAUGGCACAGCCAUCUUAGGAGGAGACGAGUUCCCACGGACAUCCAACACAAGUCGCGUCUCGUCGUCGUCCUCAUUGAGGGAAGACAACGAGCACAUUGCACUUGCGUUAAGGGACUUUGGGGUCCCUGAGAGUGAAGGUCGGCACCCGGACAGCUCGUUUCUAUCAGCCAAUAACGACCUGGGACGUCCGUCUUUCCAGCCUCUACGUGCGACGGCGUUGCAACGUCUAGAAGAAGCAGAAGAGCGCCCCACCAUGGCUUUCUAUUCGCAACAGAACCCGUUCAAUCCUGCUAAUAGUGGUGCAAACCCGUUCAACCCGAAUGCGAGCAGUAAAAAACCGUUUUCGGGUAGUACAACCAACCCGUUCGCAAGUACUCGUGGACUUGCAAGUUCUCGAGGUUUAAACCAGAUUAGUGAAGACCGGGAAGGCACAAUAGGUGGAGGACCAAUCCCAGAUAUUGGAGGACCAAGCGCUGUGGAGGACCGGCGUUUCCAUGACUUUAACGACACAGGUAUCUCGAAUGUAUCUACCGGUUAUGUACGACAUGAAGACGGCGAAGGAGGCUACGAGUGGACUCCUGCUGGGACGAUUAUAGCGUAUACGGAUACCACUCGUCGUAUGGACUGCGAAGACGACCUGGAGGAGAUUGCGUCGCUGACAUUCCACGAUAAGAACCGCUGGUUCCUGGAGCAGGUUCAGAAGCGCUGGCGAAGCUACGAAGAAGGCCACAUCCAAUUCGUCGUAAGACGUGAACAUGUGGUCAGUGAUUCGUUGGAGCAAAUGCUCAAAUGUCCGCCCAGUCGAUUCUGGGAACGCCUUCGUAUUUACUUUGAGAACGAGCCGGGAUUGGAUGCUGGAGGGCUAAUUCGUGAGUGGUACGAGAUUCUGAGUGACUCACUUUUUAACGACGACUUUGGUCUCUUCAUCGCGACGAAAGGAGAGAACAUGGGCUAUUGGAUCAACCCUGCGUCGGCUUCUAAAGUGCCUAACCACUUGGAAUACUACGAGUUCAUCGGUCGAUUACUGGCGAAGGCGCUGAUUGAAGGCUACAACAUGAAGAUGUCGCUUGCGUUACCACUGAUUAAACAUAUUCUGGGUGUACCCAUCUCGUUCUCGGACUUGGAAUUCCUGGACGAAGAUCUGUACAAGAAUGCCAUGUGGAUGAAGCAGAACGACCACGCGGAGUUGCUUGCGAUCGACUUUACGGUACAGGUUAUUACUUCCGAGGGCAAGUCUCACACGGUCGAGCUUGUACCUGGUGGAGCAGACCGUGACGUGACGGAUGAGAACAAGCAGGAAUAUCUGGAAUUGCUACUUAAACAUUACAUGUUUGAGAGUAUUUCGGAGCAACUUGGUGCUCUCCUCAUGGGCUUCUACGACGUCAUGCCGCAGUUUUUGAUCACUGUCUUCGAUUACCAGGAGUUCGAUCUGCUCUUGUCUGGUGUACCCGAACUCGACGUGAACGACUGGCAUACACACAGUGAAGUACGCUGGGUCAAGCUCGAGAAACCCACUCCAGCUGAACACCGUGUACUUCGAUGGUUCUGGGAGUGUAUGCGCGAGUUUACGAGCGAAGAACGAGCUCGUUUGCUACAAUUCGCCACCGGUACAUCUCGUGUACCGGUACAGGGCUUCAAGGCACUUACGAGUAGUGACGGCCGUGUCCGACGAUUUACUAUCCAGUUCGUACAACGUGGUGCCCCUCCUACGGGCCUCAUGCCUAAGGGCCACACAUGUUUCAACCGAAUCGACUUGCCUCUUUAUCACAACAAGGAAGAGAUGGUCAACUACCUGACGCUUGUGAUGAACAUGGAGAUCUCAGGCUUCUGGAUGGAGUAA